UUCAGAGGAAAUGUCUUACUUAGGGAGUUCUCCAAGAGACCAGGCCAACUGCUUGUCCCAGUAUAUCAGUUAGAGGUAAGCAUUGGUGAAGGCCAGAGAAGGACUGGGCUAGCGGAGCCAGGUUGAGGAAAACAGGUUGACUCAGUGAUCCCACCUCAGCCCUUUGUUUUUUUUGUUUGUUUGUUUGUUUGUUUUUGUUUUGAGACAGGGUCUUUCUACAUAGCCCUGGCUGUCCCGGAAUUCAUUAUGUAGACCAGACUGGCCUCAAACUCAGAUCCCACUGCCUCUACCCUAUCUCCCCAUGCCUCCAUACCCCAGUGCUGGAAUUUAAGGUGUUGGACACCGUGCUGGACUCCCACCUUAGUCUUGAAGGGGCUGACAGGGACCUUGAGCUCUCAGAAAAGGAAAACCGUAGAGGGUUGGGGUGUGCCUGCCAGUGGGUCUUCUUGGUGUGGCUAGUAAUCUGAUUGGAGAAGUUCCCAGUGUCAUCACUUCAGGGGAGCAGUCUGGCUUCUCUGGGGUACAGCCUCACCGAAAUGGCAGUUGCCCUCAUUUAAGCCUUGCCAAGCUCCCUGUUGCUUGGAGCUAGUUUUGGUCCUUUCCUGUACAUUAUGUUUAUGGGUCAGCUCUGGGUUUCCUAGAAUUCGAGGUAAUUACAGGAGAAAGUGACUCAGGAAGAAAGUGGCCACAUAGCUCAGGGGGAUAAAACAGUUAUCAGCAGCCACCAGUGCGCACUCCCCUUUAUGACCAAGUCCACACGAACCGAAGGCCCAUGUCAUAGUUCCAUGGCACAGUUUGACUGUUCAAUUUGCUCUUAAAAAAUGUGAGAAGUUUUAGGCCGUCAAGUCAGCGGCCCUCAGAAAGUUACAGAUGGAUGGAAAGCAGAUCCCAGCAGGUAGGUGCCCAGCAGGAAGUAGAAGCAGCAGUGGCUUUGGGGGCCCCUCUUGGAUCUCUAGACCAGGACUUGGAAUUUUUUGUGAGGAGGUGGGGGAGAUGGGGCUUUGCAGUGUAGUCGUUACUGGCCUAUUCUUGCUGUGUAGUAAGUCCAUGCUGGCAGUGAACUCUGGGCCGUCCUCAAGCCUCAUCCUCGUCCCGUAACCCUGUUGGGAUUACAGGUGUGCACCAUCACGCUUGGCUGUAGCCGACUUUCAUGAAAGGUCAGAUAGUAAGUAUUGUGUGGCUCGUCCACAGACAGUGUACAAACGUACUGUUGGCCAACAUCCCUUUAUCCGUGCACACUGAGAAGUUAUUUUUAUAUAAUUUCCAAAUGUGAAAAUUCCUUGAAUAUUGUUUAGUCAUUUUAAGAUUAUUAUUAAUAGUAUUAAUCUUUUCCUUUUUGGUGUGUGUUAGAACCAAAUAUUCUACAGCUGGCCAAAUUUGACCCUUUGUUUCCUGACCUGGGCAAAUAGGUGAAAUCUUUAAACAUCUUUCACAUUUUUAUUUCAGUUGAGCAAUGGGAGAGGUAGAUAUUUUAGGCAUAGGUGAACAAGAAAAACUUGUAGUUACUGGUUACUGCUUUAUUGCGCAUUAAUUGUAUGGUUCAGUGGUGUACAAGUAUCUUUUUCAAGGCCAGUGUGCAACUUCCUUGAGGAAACAAGCCAAGAGGCCAGAGGCACACGAGGCUGGGUGGUGUCGGGGUGGCCCCAAGGCCAGGUCACGUAGUAGAUCAGAACCGGACUGCUAGCUCGGGCUUACUGAGUUUGAUGAGAGGCCUCAGUAGGCGGGUCUGGGGGUCCUCCUAGGACAGGGCUGGGAGUCCUUGGAUGGGUCUAGAGGGCCUGGCCGGGAAGUUGAAGUUCGGAGGAGAAGUUCGCAGCAAGCCCUGUGGGCUGGGCAGGGAGGGAGGAGCUAUGGCGCAGGUGUGCGCACUGCGUCUCCUGCUCAGCUUCUUCAUGCUCGCCGGGUCUGCUAAACUCUUGGCAGCUCUCGGCCACUGGCCACUGUGUCGCAACAGAUGUGGCUUUGUUAGGGGAGCUGAUGACAGAGCCUUGUUCGAGCAGUUUGCUGAGGUGUUCGUUGCAGUUUUCGGCUACCAGCCAGAUCCUAGAAACUACCAAACAGCUGUGGGCUGGCCGGAGCUGCUGUCUGGGUUGCUGCUGGUCGUGGGCUCACCUGUGCUACAAGAGAUCAGUACCCUGCUCCUGCUCCUGCUCCUUCUAGGGGCUGUCUUCACUUUGGUGGUCCUGAAAGAGUCGCUGAGGACCUACAUCCCAGCCGUUGUCUGUCUGGGGCCCCUGCUGCUGCUGGAUGCCUGCCAGGUCUUAGCUCGGACUAAGACGGUGGUCAGAUGCCCCAGACACCUGAGCAAGAAGAUCCCUGGUACAGUCGGGAAGCCUGGCAAUUGAGUCUUCAUGCCGUGUGUUUACCACGGCAGGGACAGACAUAGCACGCUGUCUACCACUUUGUUAGGCCCAUAGUCAUUCAGUGUGGAAGAGAUAACCUUGUCUAGGUCCCAGUCUCCCCUUAUAACUAUGCUGCCCAGUUUUGAGUGAUGUAUUAAUAUUCUUCAUGUCAUGUGAAAGUAGGAAGUAAGCAGAAAAGAAGCUGAAACCCCUCUGAAUUCUAAUACCCCAUAAAUAACCAUUUCAUUUGGUGUAACUUUACCUGCUGACAUUUUCUAUGAUUGUAAACAGAUUAAUUUUUCUUCAAUGAAAAUGAGACAGGAGGGGGCUGGAGAGAUGGCUCAGAGGUUAAGAGCACUGCCUGUUCUUUCAAAGGU